AUGGGACUCAUCAAAAAAGUAACAACCUGGUCGUAUGAUGGUCUGUUAGAUUAUCUCUCUGUCAAUCCAACCAGAGAUGAAGUAACGCAUUACAAGGUUGAUCCUGAAAUCGAUGAGGAGAAGUCGAUAAUGAAACUGCGAACGGCUAGAGAUUUUGGAUCCAUAACAUGCCUGGAUUAUUCUGAUUUAGAUGUUGGACUGAUUGCAGUGGGCGAGAAGACUGGUUUCGUGAGGUUAUUCAAUAUAAUUAUGUGUGACAAUCCUGAGUUAGACUCAAUUGAUAUGAAAGUUCGACCAAAACAACAAAGAUGUAUCAAUACGCUUGGAAUGAAUGAGAACGGACUUGUUGCAAUGGGCCUGGAUAGAAACAGAAAUGAUGCAUCAUUGCAAGUGUGGGAUAUUAAUUAUCAGAGUAAAAAUAGUACAAUUAUCAACCCUACUUUCUCCUACUGCACUAAUGAGAGCAUUGUCUCUUCGAAAUUCUUUGACGACACGGGCCUUAUCGUGGCCAGCACUAAAUUCAUCAAGGAGAUUGACCUACGAUCGCCAAACCCCAUUUGCCAACAUCCGAGCAGACUCUCAUAUGACGUGAAACUAAAUCCGUUUAAUUUCUGGCAAUUCAGCACAUACGGUGACGACGGCACGGUAGCUAUAUGGGAUAGAAGGAGACUAGUGGCACCAACGAACUCCAGUGAUCUUAAUGUCGCAGAACCCUUAUUGACUUUCGAAAAACUUUUAGGAGUAGGAGCCGCUUCUAAGAAGUACAUGAAUUCAUGCUUUCGUUGGUCCACUGGCCGCAAUAGAGAGUUCGCUACUCUUCACAGAGGUGACACGAUAAAGAGAUGGUGGUUAGGAUCGUGUGGAACAAAAGCGGAUGCUGAAAAUGAAAUUGAAGAGCUUUUCGUCUCAACUGUUCAUGACAUCAGUACAACGUUUGAUCGAGUUGUUACUUUUGACUAUAUUCCUCAAAGUGAACACAAAACAAGCCUGCUCUGUAUGAGGCAAUCAGGAACUGUGUAUCGAAUGCCCGUGAAUCAAAGCUUCUCCACCACUCGCUUCAAUAACCACAAUUCCUUAUUACUGUCAAAUUGCGAGUCGUCAAGCAUAGCAGAGUUCAGAGUAACAGAAACUAGCGAGAAGUCAAAUUUCGAAAGUAAGGCACUUAGAAAUCUUUGCUUUGAGGACUUGGAUAUUAGUGACGAUUACUCUGCGGAGAAAUCUGGAGAAAGUGAGGCCGAUAACAGCUCUGCUAGCUCAAAUGAAGAUGAAGACAUACGGUCUCUGUAUCAAGAUGGCAGUUGGAAACCUGAAAAACUACUACAAAAAGAUAUAAGUGUGAUCAUGAAAGCUAGAGCGAUGUUAGGAUACGGUUUAGAUCCCGUUGCUACUGUUGCUAUGAUUGACGGUUCGAAGAUGUUACAGAAUAACGCUUAUCUUAGAAACACAUGGAGAUGGAUAGCCAUUGCCAAAGCUUCUGUCGAAGAUGGAACAAUGGUUUCCGGCGAUCUGGAUCUAGGAUAUGAAGGUGUGAUAGGGAUAUGGAACGGUUUGAAAGGAAUAUCAAAUCAAAACAGGUUUCCCGAAGGAAGAAUACUUAAUGAUGACCACUUGAAUAACCAUAUGGAAAAGAUUAUCAAAGUACGCCGUAAGCAGAAGAACGUGAGUGGCAGUAUUCCACCGGCUGACAAAUUUUCCAAUUCUCGGAAAUCAGUACAAAGGAAACUUUGUCUAAUUUUAUCUGGUUGGGAUUUGCUUCCAGUCGAUUACGAGGAAAAGUAUCAGAAUAUCAUCAAGACGGGUAGCUACGAGAAAGCUGCCGCUUGGGCGGUGUUUUUUGGUGAUAUACCCAAGGCAGUUGAAAUAUUGGCAUCAGCGAAAAAAGAGCGGCUGAGGUUAAUUGCAACCGCUAUUGCAGGUUAUAUGGCAUUCAAAGACCAACCGGGAAAUAAUUCCUGGCGAGAACAAUGUAGACGCAUGUCAUCAGAACUAGAUGAUCCUUAUUUGAGGGUUAUCUUUGCGUUUAUCGCUGACAAUGAUUGGUGGGAUAUUCUCUACGAACCAGCAAUAUCUUUGCGGGAGAGACUCGGUGUUGCUUUAAGAUUUCUCAAUGAUAGGGAUUUGUCGAAGUUCCUUGAAAGGACAGCAGCCACGGUUAUCGAAAAUGGUGAGCUGGAGGGACUUAUCCUUACGGGUAUAACUCCUAGCGGGAUCGACCUAUUGCAAUCAUAUGUCAACAAAACUAGCGAUGUGCAAAGUGCGGCGUUGAUAUCAAUAUUCGGUUCUCCAAGAUAUUUCCGCGACAGGAGGGUUGACGCGUGGGUACAGACGUAUCGAGUUAUGCUGAACUCUUGGCAACUUUUCAGCAUGCGGGCGAAAUUUGAUUGCUUGAGGUCAAAGUUAUCUCGGACCGGUAGUGGCCAGGUCACAGCUGACGUCAAGCCCCGGCAGAUGUACAUGCAAUGCAUCAACUGCAAGAAGAAUAUCAACCGACCGUCCGCGAUCAGCGGUGGCACUCAAGCGCCUCCCAUACCAGCAGGUUUCGCCACGGCUGACAACGCCUCUCGAGUCCAAAACGUCUUCCAAAAGUCCAAGAAGUAUGGCAUGCCAAACACGCUUUCACCUCUGACUCAACAGCGCAAGAAUAGCUCUUGUCCGCACUGUGGCACGCCAUUUCCUCGCUGUGUCAUAUGCCUUUUACCUCUUGGCACCAGAGGCUUACCUUUCGUGAUCGAGGGUGUGGGAUCAAUGCCUGCCGAUAGUGAUUCCAAGCAAGAUUCCAGCUCAAAAGCUGAAAAACUCCGGGACAGCAGCGGAGGACCAGACAUUAUCGCGGUCAAUGACGGAGAAUAUCAGAGAAGGAAGCAAAAGAUAAACGAGUGGUUCAGCUUUUGUCUGAGCUGCAACCAUGGGAUGCAUGCAGGACAUGCCGAAGAAUGGUUUGAGAGACACAAUGUGUGUCCAGCUCCCGGAUGUUUCUGCCAGUGCAAUAAAUAA